GACGAUGCAGGCGCCAUGAGCGCUGCAAAGGCGGCGAGUCCGCGCGUGGAGGCGGCGCCCUCGCUCGCCCCCGCGGGCCCCGCUCCUAAGGCUCGGACGCAGAAGGCCCGGAGUGACGCUGCAGAUGGCGACGGCGACGGCGGCGCCGGGAGCGCCCCACCGCCAAUGAAGGUGCCGGAAAAGCCGUCCGGGCGCCAGACGGCGCCGCCCAAAACCAUGGCAGACUUCUCGCGGGAGCUGGGGGAAGCCAUGUCGAAGCUGGACGACCAGCGAGGCUUCUCGUUCCAGGAGGCCACGCCGCUCCUGCGCGAGGAGGAGGAGCCGUCCUCCUUACCGUACACCAGGCUGCAGGAAGCGGAUGGCGACUACAAUGGCACCCACGAGAUCGAGCUGUGCGAGGUGGUGCCUGAGGGCCACGACAAGGCCGACCCCAGCCAGUUCGAACUCCUCAAGGUGCUCGGCCAGGGGUCCUUCGGGAAGGUGUUUCUGGUGCGUAAGAUAACUGGUCAGGAUGCUGGUACACUGUAUGCCAUGAAGGUGCUAAAGAAGGCAACACUGAAGGUGCGGGACAGAGUACGAACCAAGAUGGAACGUGAUAUUUUAGCUGAUGUUAACCACCCCUUUGUGGUUAAGUUGCACUAUGCCUUCCAGACUGAAGGAAAGCUUUACCUUAUCUUAGAUUUCUUAAGAGGAGGAGAUCUGUUCACUAGACUAUCAAAAGAGAUUAUGUUCACAGAAGAGGAUGUUAAAUUCUAUUUAGCUGAAUUAGCAUUAGCACUAGAUCAUCUACAUUCACUUGGCAUUAUAUACAGAGAUUUAAAACCUGAAAACAUUCUACUAGACGCAGAUGGUCACAUAUCCCUCACAGACUUCGGCCUGUGCAAGGAGGCGCUGGACGACAAAAAAGCAUAUAGUUUCUGUGGCACUGUUGAGUACAUGGCACCUGAGGUGGUCAACCGCAGGGGGCACAACACUGCAGCAGAUUGGUGGUCCUUUGGUGUUCUUUUGUUUGAGAUGUUAACAGGUGCACUACCAUUCCAAGGAGCUAACAGGAAAGAGACCAUGACCCUAAUUUUGAAAGCAAAACUAGGAAUGCCACCGUACCUGAGUCCAGAGGCCCAGUCUCUCCUCCGAGCGCUCUUCAAGAGAAAUCCGGCAAACAGAUUAGGUGCAGGUCCGGAGGGAGUGGAGGAACUGAAGCGUCAUCCCUUCUUUGCGUCCAUUGACUGGGUCAAAUUAUAUAAUAAGGAUUGCGAACCGCCUUUCAAACCUGCAGUUUCAAAAGCAGAUGAUACAUUCUACUUUGAUCAAGAAUUCACCACAAGGACACCAAGAGACUCGCCAGGAGUGCCACCUAGUGCCAAUGCUCACCAGUUGUUCAAAGGAUUCAGUUUUGUGGCACCGUUCUUAUUAGAAGACCAGUUAGAUGGUAUAGAAAUGAUACAGUCACAUGCUAUAGAAAAAUCAUCACCUCUAAGCAAGAGAUUAUCUGGAGUUAAACCCAAUAGCAUUCAUGACGAGUACCUUCUGUGCGAGGAAAUCGGCCGGGGAAGCUACAGCGUGUGCCGGCGCUGCAUGCACCGCUCCACCAGGAUAGAGUACGCCGUCAAAGUCAUUCCCAAGAAGACCAGAGAUUGCCAGGAGGAGAUCGAGAUACUCUACAGAUACGGGCAUCAUCCCAACAUUAUAUCUUUAAGAGAUGUAUAUGAAGAUGACUCGCAUGUGUACCUGGUAAUGGAGAUGAUGACUGGGGGGGAGCUCUUAGACAAAAUCCUUCGCCAGAAGUUCUUCUCAGAAAGGGAAGCCUCAGCCGUGUUGCUGACUCUAACCCGCGCCGUCCAGUACCUGCACCAGAAUGGGGUUGUGCACAGGGACCUAAAACCCUCAAAUAUAAUGUAUGCAGACAUCUCAGGAAGUCCAGAAUCCUUAAGGAUAUGUGACUUUGGAUUUGCAAAGCAGCUCCGUGCAGAGAAUGGCCUGCUCAUGACCCCCUGUUAUACUGCAAACUUUGUGGCUCCAGAGGUAUUAAAAAAGCAAGGAUAUGAUGCAGCCUGCGAUAUAUGGAGUUUGGGAGUCCUUCUCUACACAAUGUUGGCAGGGAUUUGGUGACGCAGAUGCUGCACGUGGACCCCGGCCAGCGGCUCAACGCGGGCCAGGUGGUGUCGCACCCGUGGCUCCUCCACCGCGAGGCGCUGCCCAACCUCAGGCUCCUGCUGCAGGACGCGUCGCUGGUCAAGGGCGCCAUCUCCGCCACCUACAGAGCCAUCAACCACGCCCCGCGCGCGCCCAACCUGGGCCCCGUGGCGGCGUCCGCGCUGGCUCGCCGCCGCGGCAAGUCGAGGCCGAAGUCGUCGACGGAGGUCUGACAUUCGGCCGCCCGCCCCGACCCGCCGCGCCCGGACGUGAUGGACACGUCCCCCCUCCCGGAGGGCCUCCUGGAGGGCCUUCCGCAGGGCUCCGCAGCCCUCGCCCACGCCCCUCGCCUCUCCUCAGCGCCAGAUCCUCAGCAGCAGCAGCACUUGGAGCAGCGUCAGCAACAGCAUCAAACGCCGCAGCCAUCCUUGACGGCCUCCUGGGACCCCGCGGCGCACGGCGGUCCCCAGGGCUCGCCCGCCCGCGCUCCCGCCCGCUUGGGCUCGGGGAGCGAGAGGGGCGGGCGCGUGUCCCCCCCUCCCGCUGCUAGUCCUCCGACCCCGCGCCCUGCCGUCACCAGCGCCCCUCCCGCCGCCUCCCCCGGCGUCGAUUCCCCCGCCCCCCCCUCGAAGCAGCAGCCCGGGCAGGCCGCCACCAAGCACCGCCGCCGCUCGCACCGUCGGCAGCGUCGCCGUCGCCGCGCCGUCUCCAGCGCCUCGUGAGCAGGUGGGCGGCCGGCGUGAGGAGGAGCAGCAGGAGGAGGAGGAGGACAGGCGCGCCCCGUCCGCCAGCCUCUGCGGUAGCCCUUCCGCCAGGCGUCGCCGUGGGCUGGAGGGCGGGGCGGAGCGCGCGCGCGAGCGAGCAAGAUACAGUACCCAGGAUGGCCAUGACAUUCAGUAGCUCAUUAACAGUCCACAGUCCGCAAUCAGCCGUAAACUAACUAGUCGUGUAGAAUGUAAUUUUUUCAUUUUUCUUUGUUUCCACGUGGGUGACGACGAGCCACGAAGCGGCGGCAAGAGGCGGCCCUCGUCGCCGCGGAAGAGCGGAGCCCAGAAACACGGACGUACGCUGACAUCUUUCAUAUAUUUUUUUUGUCACUAACGAGAAGUGUCUCCACCUGCGGGACUGUUUCGCGUUCGCUGGAAAUCUUACAUAAAUGAAUACGAUACAUGGGCAUAAUGUGGGUACUUUUUUGUAUGGUGACUCCGUAGUAAUUCGUAUUGUGCAUUGUAUGUGGUUUAUACUGAAUCUUACGGCACCUUGAUCCCUUCGGCUUCAAUCAAAGAGGUGCAGGAAGAAGAAGGAGAAGAAAAGAAAGAUAAAAGGAGGAGGAGGAGGAGGAGGAAAAGAUGGAGAGAAGUUACCGGAGGCGAACCAGGUCAAGGUGAUAACAUAUUUUCCCCCGAAUCUUCUAUCAGUGUUGUAAAAAAAUUGAAAGUAUUCUCUUUUAGUCUCGUCCAGUCAUUGUUAUCGUGUGUUGUUAUAUCAGGAACAGAAGAGGGGAGAGAGAGGGAGAGGGAGAGAGAGAGCGAAACGCGAGGAUAAGGAAGGAGACGGAAUAGGAAGGAAGGGGAAGAGGAGGAAGAUAAAAAAAUAUGAGAGAGAGAGAGAGAGAGAGAGAGAGAGAGAGAGAGAGAGAGAGAGAGAGAGAGAGAGAGAGAGAGAGAGAGAGAGAGAGAGAGAGAGAGAGAGAGAGAGAUGAGGAGGCAGGAAGAGGGAGUAAGAAGAGACGGGUAAACGAGGUGCAUAAAGCAUAAUUCAAUCAUUCCUAUAUCUUGUCGGGAGGUCUGUGUUUUCUCUGUGUCACCGGAAUGGCAUUUCAGUGUUUUAGAAACAGAAGACGGAAAAUGAUCCCUUAAAAAAACAAAAAUGGAAAAUAAUUCAUGAAAAUAGAAGAAAACGAUUAUGAUCCAUUAAAAAAAGUAAAGAAAACGGGAAAUGAUUCCUACAACAAAGAAAACGGGAAUUGAUAAUCGUGGAUGCUGUGCUCCUUUAUCAAUGUGGAUGUUCGAUGGGCAGAAGGGAGGCGGUGAUAGGCUUGUCCCUUCGCUCUCAGGUGUAGGUGUCACUCAUCUCCAUUCUUGAGCUUCUGCCGUAGAGCUUUUGCAGUGUUCCCAAUAUUUUCAGCGUUAGGAAGCCCUUUCAUUUCCUCGCCAGCUCCUCCGGUCAUCUCGCACUGCCCGUGGAGAUGGCGGAAAGACACACCCACGGGCUUUCUUGUUUUUAUAAAGAGUCUGCUGCGUUUGGGGGAAAAGACGAUGACGAUGGCAAUGGCAUUUCCCCCCCUUUCCAUCUCUCCCUCUUUUUUUUUCCCUUCCCCAUCACUCCCUCUCUUUUCCCCCCUUCUCCAUCUCUUCCUGUACCCUCUCAUCUAGCAUUCCACAGGUGUGUUGCGGGCAUGCCACGUGUGCUCGCCAGGUGCUCUGUAUGCCUGCCACGUGCAUCCUCAUGCCCAUGCCGAUCGUAUGUCCGUAUGCCCGAAUUCCUCUGUCUUCCUCCCCACUCCCCAGUCACCCUCCCCGAGUCACUCAUGCCACGCCGCCCUUCUCCCAAGUCCACAGGAUUCGUGUCGUAAAUUCGGGAGUCUCGGCGCUCGCCCAGGUAUCCUCCGGGGCUGCUGAUCGUGGCCGGACCCAGGCGAUUAGUUCCCAGAGCUCGUAAAGCGUCUGCAGCGCUGGUCUUCCGCUCCCCUUCAGAAUCCCCUGUCCUCUCGCCCUUCCUUCCCCUCUGGCCUCGCUUUCCUUGCCUCCCUCUUUAACUUCCUUACACCUUCCUCGCCCUCCCGUGCCUCCUUACAGCACAUUCCUCCCCAACCCGUUGCUCCCUCCUCCGUAUCCUCAUCCGCCAUCCCUCCAGACUCUCCUUUUCCCCAUCUCAUCCAUCCUUUCCUCUCCUUCCUUUUCCCAUCGAUUUCCUUCUCCUUUUACGUUCCUCUUUCCCCCUCUCCCUCAUUUUUACUUCAUAUUUUUCCCCUCUUCCUUCCUCUCUUCUCCCUCCCUUUCCCCUAUCGCUCAUUCUCCCCUCUCCCCCCCCUCCUCCUCCCCCACCCCAUCGCCAGCGUAACUCAAGCGAGCAGACGGAGCGACGUUGCAGAUCAAAUUUUGCCCGAGUACAUAAAUUAUGUCUUCUGCUGUAGGCGGCGACGACGGGGAAGCAGAAGGCGCAAAAGUUGUUAUUCCAGCGCCAUUCACUUGUUUGUUCCAGCCUUUACUUGUUCCCUUUUUUAUUUUGUAAUAUCAGUUUUGUUGUUGUAAAUAUAUAGAGAGAAAACGAUGAGAAAAGGAUGUGUAUUAACCAGAUGGUCUUAGUAAAUACUUUUUACUUGCCAUUGACAAUUUUUUUCUUCUUCUCCAAAACGUGAUAAAUGAAUAGUGUUCACCAAAAAAAAAUAUCCUUAGGGGGAAAAUGAUAAAAGUAUUUUUUUGAUGGCAAGUUGUAAAUUUUUUAUAGGAUGCUAUGACGUAAAUCUAUGAUCCGGUGCAAUGCCCACACAGCUGGAACUAGCUGAGCCGGGGAUUGAGGGGGGGGGGGAGGUGGUGUGGGGCAGAAGGGGGCGGGGCAAGGUAGGGGUGGGAAAGAAAUAAGGCAGGAAGGAAGGAUUUUUAGGGUUAGUGUUUAGGGAAACAAGUUACUCAUGAGUUACCUAAUAUCCUUACGUAAAGGAAUCAGUAACUUUUUUUUUCCUUUCUCUUUUUUUUAUUUUGGUUCACGUAGUCAUGUACAUAUAUACAUAUAUAUCGCUGUUAAACUACACUUCUCAUCCUAGCGCGUGUUGGACAGAUAGAAGCAAACAAAGAAAACGGAUCCAAGUUCUCCCUGCCUCCUGUUCCACGUACAAGGUGCUUUCGAACAGGAGAAUCAGAAGAACUUUAACAAUAAAAGACAAAAAAAAAAGAAGAAAAAAAAGAAUUGUGAAAAGGCGCCCACACGACUGCCAUGAGACAGCAAUUUGUCAUCGAGCAAGAGAAGAAUUUUUGCAAGAAAGAAAACGGGAAGAGAAAAUCCUGUCGGGGUUUUUGUUUACGUCAUCUCCUUGCCCCGCCCCCCUCGGUAGGCUUCAUGGUGGUGCCAGCUGUGAAUAUUUUGGAAAUUUAUUUUUACUGUUGCUAUUUAAAUGUAAUGUUUAAGUUCCGAAUAAUAAAGAUACUUCUUACAAGCAGUUAA